GUGGGGAAGCAGAGACGCAUCUGACGAAUCUUGGAUGACAGCUAAGCGAUUUCGGGGAGGAUUAUUACUUAAGAGGGCUGGGUGAGGGACGAUCCCAACCUCCGUUGCUCUCAGGAGGCCCACCCUCUAGCCAUCGCCAAACUCAAGUCUUAUUCUUUGGCUGGCGAUCUGAUUCAUAGGCAGGUGUAUACAUUGUAUUUAUGGCUAGUCAGUAUAGGUUGUCGAUGGAAAUUUUUGCCGAGAUAAAUUAGAGUUAUAUUUGUUGUUCUUUCUGUGAACUCAUCAAUGGAUAUUUUUCUUACAAAUGGUAUAUCCUAUGAGCAUUCUAGAUUGAGAAUCUGUGGAGCUAAGAGAGAGAUGACCUAAUAUUACAUCCUCAGGAAAGGUUUCUGUUGUCAUGGCUGAAGUAAUUACUUGUUUUCAUGGCUUUGAUAUUCAGGUACUUAUUUUGCAGUCAAAGGCUGAGAGUUAUUCUUCAAUUGAAACAUGAAAAAUGUCUUUACUUGUUAUUGCCAUUGAUAUUUUUCUUACAAAUGGUAUAUCCUAUGAGCAUUCUAAAUUGAUAAUCUGUGGAGCUAAGAGAGAGAUGACCUAAUAUUACAUCCUCAGGAAAGGUUUCUGUUGUCAUGGCUGAAGUAAUUACUUGUUUUCAUGGCUCUGAUAUUCAGGGAAGGUAAUUCAUUUAUGAAGAAUGUAAACUGUUCCAUUAAGAAAAUUGUGUAACUACCUAAAUUUAUUGUCAGUUCUAUUUAACAGUCUGUUUCAUUAAGGUCAAGCACUUGAAUUUGUUUAGCAACCUCAAUUUACUAUAAGUUCUAUUUGUGGCAUUUCUCAUUUUUCUGCUAGCUAUGUUGUAUUAUGUGCCAGACCCAUUUUCCUACUUUUUCUUUCUAAUUUUGCUCUGUGCACUCAGCAAAACUAUGUAUUACUCUGGGCCUGGAUUAACACAUAGAGAUUUCUUAUUGGUAUGAGAUUUAGUUAAUUAAAGUGUAAUGGAAAUUGCAAAAGUAGUUAAUGCAGGUCUUAUGUGUUUUUGUUACAUUAAGGUGUCAAGGUGAUUUUGAUACUGUGUUGCUGUCUAUUCAUCGUGGAUGCUAUUGCUUUUUAAAUAUUAUUUUCCAUUUAGCCUUUGUGGGAUUAACACUCUUCUUUUAGUUGUCUUAACUCUUAUUUGUUCUUAUUUGAAAGCCUUUUGAAUGUUUUAUUGAUUUCAUCACAGUUUUUCCUUUCAUGCUUUUGGCAGAUCACUGCAGAAAUGGGGAAACUCACCUUGUCUCAGAGCGGUACAUUGUCUACCGUAAGCAGUUCACUUGGCUGUAUAUUGCUGCUCUCAGACACUUGGGCACUUGUUGAUGCUCCUGUAGAAGGUUUGUUCAGUCCGAGUUAUUUUGAAUAUCUUUAAACUAGGAAGCUAUCUUAAUUGAAUAAUGGAUUUCAUUUACUCUUUCAUGGAUAUAAUUAAUUAACGCAAGCUGCUUGUUCUUGGAGAUGUUAAUCAACAAAGGUUGUCUGGGUGAAGUUCCUCUUACUUUGAACCAACAAAGAAUGACUAUUGCUUGGAAUUCUUGAGCUAUAUAUGCAUGAUCUUUAAGAUAUGUUUAGAUUGGAAAAAGAAGUCCAUAGAUUGAAAUCAAUUUUCUUUUAAAUAUAAUAUGAAAAUCUGUCACCCACUGGAUUUAUUAACUGGAAGUUUUUGUAUGGAAAUGGGGUCCCACUAGUUUAGCCACUGAGUGCUUUUGUUAUAUUACUAUUGCUAGUUUAGUGCUUUUAAUUAAUAUUUUGUGUUGUUGCAGAAACCACUGACAUAAUCUUCCUCCAUUGGUGGAACUCUAACGUGAUUCCUUGUAUAAUUAGAGCUAACUACUUGCAGAUGGAUUCUAUAGAAGUGCUUCAAAUGGUCUAAAGUUUCGAGUAAUUAUGGCUACCUGAUUUCAAAAAAAACAUAAUUUAAGAAUACAAAAGAGUUAUUUCCCUGUUUCAUUUUUAGUUAUUCUGCUUUCUCUUUUCCAAUGAAAAAUGGAAACUUUUUGAAUUUACUUUAGUAUUUGAAUUCAGCUGCUUUCAUUGUUGGGCAAUCUGUGCGGUCACCAUAGGAGAUGAUGCUGUGAUCUUAGCUUUCAGGUGAGUAAGUUUGUUGUGUUUUGCAAUAAUAUAUUAAGCAACUCAUU